CGAACAUUUCAGAACCAUACACGGAGCUCUGAGCUGUAUGUAUGUCGUCAAAUCAACCGCCAGUGGAUCCAAACUUACUCGCCUGGAUCUCCAAUGAAUAUCAUGAUGCUAAUGGGUCGCGCUUUGAGACCUUGGAUCAUCCCCCAAGCCCACUUGAAUUCUCAAGACUGGUACACAUAUCACGACCGGUAUUAAUUAAGGGGUUUAUUCCGCCUGCGCUCAGCAGGUGGACUGAUGAUUAUCUUGUGGAUCGUAUGGGUAAACGACCCGUAUCCGUAGCGAUCACGCCUAACGGGCAAGCGGAUGCAGUUACUACAAGCCCUGAUGGCUCGCAAUACUUUGUAGAACCAUUAGUCGAGCAAAUGACCAUGGAGGAACUGCUUGACUGCAUUGGGCAAGGAUCAAGUGGGUCGAGACGAGACGAGGUGCUUUACUUGCAAUCACAGAACGGGAACCUCUACACAAACUCCUACUUUGAGGGAGGCGUAUCGGCUGACUGCGAAUUUGAGACGCUUCGCCCAGAUGUUCCGGCUGAGGUACCUUGGUGCAGUGACGCGCUUGAUAAACCUCCUGACGCUGUCAAUCUGUGGAUCGGGGAUGGACGUAGCGUGACCAGUGUCCAUUGCGACCCAUAUGAAAACAUUUAUACCGUUGUGCGGGGGGCCAAACACUUCACUAUUUUUCCACCAACGGAUAGUGUUUGGAUGCUAGAACGAUCAUACCGCCACGCAACCUACGUUAGGUCGAUUACCGCGGACUUAGAGCUUAUUCCUUCUCUCGACACUCCACAGGUGCGAUGGGCGUCAAUAAGCAACAGCGAGAUCGAAGGGGCGGCACCCACCAAUACCCAUCCCAUCCGCAUCACUGUUCGCGCCGGUGAGACCUUGUAUCUGCCUGUCGGCUGGUGGCAUCAUGUAAAGCAAGCUCGUGAUGUCACGAUUGCUCUCAACUGGUGGUACGAUGCGGAAACACAGGGUCUGAACUGGAUCGGUCUCAGCUUACUUCGAAAUUUGGAAAAUAAUGAUCACAGCGAAGAGUCAGAGUAGUCGGAGUUCUGCAAUGCAGCGAACUUCAUCACUAUUCUAGACAACUGCCAGUGACCACCAGCAGCCUGUCACUAUUAGUUAUCCCAGUGUCACCGAUGUCACGUCACAGUUAUCUCGCUCUGAUGUAGUCACUGCAUUCCUUAAGUGUUACAUUUACUUAACCCCUCUUCAAAUCGAUCCGCGUUCACGUUCAAGUUGCAAUGGCCAAAUCAGAAAAGAAAGAGAAGGACAAGAAAAAGAAAGAUGUCGCUGACCAGGUAGAUGAUGUCGAAAUGGAGGAUCCUGAAGAGUCACCGAAAAAGUCUAAGAAAGAGAAAAAGGAAAAAGAGGAUGCCAUACCCCUCGCAGACCUCUCGCCUAUCGCUCAGCCGCUAGCUCAGAAGAAGCUCGCCAAGAAGUUGCAUAAAGUGAUCAAGAAGGGUUCCAAAGCAAGACAGGUGAAACGCGGAGUGAAAGAAGUAGUGAAGGGCAUAAGAAAAGGCGAAAAGGGGCUGUUAAUCCUUGCGGCAGAUAUCAACCCUAUCGACAUAAUAUCCCAUCUCCCCGUGAUGUCGGAGGAAGCACAAAUACCUUACAUAUUCGUGGCCUCAAAAGAGGAACUAGGACAAGCCAGCUCGACGAAACGCCCAACCAGCUGUGUUAUGAUAUGUCCAGACCAAAAGCGAAAAGCUCGCAAAGACGCAGACUCGAAAGAAUCCACAGAUGAUGAUUACCGAGAACUCUUUGAGGAGUGUCGCCGAGAGGUACAGCAACUAGACUACAAGGUUGUAUUUUAAGCUGUAUUUUUUCUACCAUCCUAUCAAGUGGACGCUAAGUUGUGUACAACAUAUUAGCGUUGAGUUGUAAUAAGACUUACC